AUGGAAGAAAAACGUUUAUUAAACGAUCUUAAAGAAUGUCCAGAUAGUGACAUCCUUAAGGAAGCUUUACUUCAUUAUAAAGAAGCCGUUGAAUUUGAAAAACAAGGUGAUAUUGGCAACUCUUUAAACAGAUAUCGUUGGGCUCAUAAAAUUCACGAGGAUGUGGAGGUAAUAUAUCGUCGAUUAGAGCGCUUGGCGAUUCAAAACAGAAAAGAGCAGAAUGAAGAGGAUCGUAAACUGGUCUCUGAAGAAGAAUCAAUCAAUAAUAGUCAGGAAGAUGAGCUAGCGAAUAAACUGACUCAGCUCUCCGUGGCACCGCCAUUCAUACUCAAGCUUCCAGAUGAGGUUCUGCUGCUCAUAGUAGAGCACUGUUUUGAAAACUUGAACGAUUUGUCUUAUCUACCUCGUAUAGCCCAAAGCUGCAAGCUGCUUGCGAAGGCGUGUCGAGCAGAUUCACUUUAUCGCCAAUUUUGUUAUUUUAGUUACCAACAGAACGAAUGGCAACAAACAAAGGAAAGCAUAGAAGAAGAGCUGUCUUCUGUAUAUCAUCAAAUCUGGAAGGAGAUGUAUUUAAGAAAACCUCGAAUUCGAUUUGAUGGCUGUUAUAUCUCUGUCUGCAGAUAUUUUCGACCAGGAACUAGUGAUACCAGUUGGAACCAACCUGUCCAUUUAAUAUCUUAUUAUCGUUACCUUCGGUUUUAUCCAGAUGGAACUUGUAUGGUUUUCCGAACCAAUACGGAACCAGGUCUCAUUGUUCGAAACUUCGAUCGGCACCAGUCUUCUUUUUUCACACCUUCCUCUUCGAAUCCAGCUUUUAGUAAUGGAGAAGUUGCUUGCAUGGCUACAUGGUCAAUGUCUCCGGCUGGCCAAAUUUUGCUUUCACAUCCCGCUGGCGGUCGGGCUUAUACAUACGCACAAAGCUUACAAGCUAAAGGAAAUCGUUUAAAAUGGGUCUUCUUCUAUGCCGUUGACAAUGAAAUCUUUGAGACAACUGAAUUUCCUUUAACACAUCAUCGAGACUACGUUUUCUCCCGAGUCUACAGUUAUACGUUAGAAAAAUAG